GAGAUAGACCAGGGUUACUACGGAUGAUGAAAGAGCGUUUUUAGGCAGCAAUAAUACAUCGUUCCUUCGUUUCCUUUGAGCGCUUACAAAGUCACAACAAAGAGAGAGAAAGAGGAAGUACAGCAGCAUCAAAUCUUGUGUAAUAACCGCUGCUGCUGCUGCCCGCCAAGUGUUCCGGUUCUGGAAAUGCGAGAGACUACAAUUCGGCGACCUCGCAUCUGUACAAAGACAUUAUAGCGGGAAACACACAGUCUCCGAGACCCGAGUACCCGGAAACCCCAAUAAUCCCUUACCAGAACCAGAAGGCACUUUUGUCUUCUCUCACUUCUCCGCCUCUUACUUACACCAAAGGCCCAAACAAAACUCCGGCCCUGAUGCCCUCUCCCGGUCCCCAGAUUCUCACCUUUGCGCUCGAGAACUGGCCUCACAACGCCGGGCCUACUACCAGGGCUAGUAAGCCCAAAGUCCGGACGGGAUGCGUCACAUGCAAACGACGCAGGAUAAAAUGUGACGAGACAAAGCCGUCAUGUCAAAACUGUCUCAAGCGGCGGGUGGAAUGUGAGGGGUACAAACCCAAAUCGCCAAACGCCUCCUCCUCUCCCGGCGCUGCCUCAAAACAGCUCAUCGCAACGACCAGCCCCAACGGCAGCUCCACCUCCUCCUCGCCCUUCUCGGUAGAGCCGAGCUACCAGAGCCUCGUCUUCACGACGCAGCUCCAAAAGGACCAUUUCGACCAAUGGCUCUCCUUCGCCGCAGACACCCUCGUCUUCCCCUCCCAGCUCAUCACCGAGACCAUCCCGCAGAUAGCCCGCUCCGACCUGGCCGUCCGCAACGCCGCCUUCGCCAUCGGCGCCGCCGCCCUCGGCAGCGGCACCCGCGAGGAGCGUCUCACGGGUAAAGGCCCCUACUUCGCCGACGCGCUCGAGUACUACAACCGCGCGCUGCAGCUGACUGUCAAAUCCCCGCCCACGGAGGAGACCUUCCCCAGCGUCCUCAUGACGUGCCUCCUCUUCGUCAUGUUCGAGGCCCUCCACGGCGACAGGAGGUCCGCGCUGACGCACCUCAACCACGGGUACAACAUCCUCGACCAGUACGAGAAGCGCCGGUCAAAAAAGAUGAAGACGACGAAGCAGACAUCCCGCCGCGACCCCCUAGUCGACGCCAUCGCCACAAACUUCCAGCGCCUGACGCUCCAGUCCUGGAGCCACAACGGCGACCACCCAAAGGAGACGGAGAAGCAAGUGCCCUGGUGCUGCCGCGGCCAAGGUACCUCGCGCUACGCCGUCGACGAGAUGCCCGAUACCUUCACCUCGCUCGAUGAGGCGCACCGCUGGUGGGAGGUCACCCAGCACCACGUAAUCCACCACGCGCCCCUGAUCAUCGGCUUCCGCGUUGAGGGCACGGGCAACAAAGCGCCGUCCUUCCCGCCCAACGUCAGCCUGCCCAUCAACGAGGAGCAAGUGAAAGCGCACGACCGCUACGUCCAAGCCUGGCGCGCGCGCUUCUCGCCCCUCCUCGAAGCAGCGCAGGAGAAAAGAGAGAAGCAGGCGAAAGAAGAAGGAGAAGGAGAAGCAAAGUGCGAUACGAGAGAGUACCUCAAAGUCCUGGGCCUGCGCAUCCACUCCACCUACCUCUCGAUCCCGAUCCGGACGGCAAACUACUGCGACACGGACGAGCUGGCGGCCAUGACGCCCAGCUUCCGGCUCUACGUCGACCUGAGCAAAGAGUUCCUCGAGCUCCAGCAGCGCCUGCUCAACGCCUCGGGCGAGAUGUUCACAAUGGACAGCAACAGCCCGACCUGGCCCCUCGGCGCGGCGACGAUGCUCUGCAUGGACGAGACGGUGCGGGCCGACGCGAUGCGGCUGUUCCGGGAGUACCCGCGCCGCGACGGGCUGUGGGACACGCAGACGUGGUUGAGCAUGCUGGAGAGCUACAAGGAGGCGAACCAGACUAUUGUGAAGCAGGUCGGCGAGCGGGAGUCGCAGCACAUGUUUGACGUCGAGGUUGUGUAUGAGGAUAAGUCUGUGGUGUGGAUUAAGCAGGUGGAGGAUCCUACGAGCGUGAGCCCGGAUGAGUUGAAGUAUAGGAUUGACCUCCCGUGA